AUGGCAUCUAGAAAGAAAGUUCUAUUAAAGGUUAUCAUUUUAGGCGAUAGCGGUGUUGGUAAAACUUCUUUGAUGAAUCAGUAUGUCAAUAAAAAGUUCAGUAAUCAAUAUAAGGCAACAAUUGGUGCAGAUUUUUUAACUAAAGAAGUUAUGGUUGAUGAUCGAUUAGUGACAAUGCAAAUAUGGGAUACAGCUGGACAGGAAAGAUUUCAGAGUCUGGGAGUGGCAUUUUAUCGUGGGGCUGAUUGCUGCGUGUUGGUUUUCGAUGUAACUGUCGCAAAUUCUUUUAAAUCGUUAGAUGGUUGGAGGGAUGAAUUUCUAAUUCAAGCAAGCCCUCGUGAUUCCGAAAACUUUCCUUUCGUCGUGUUAGGAAACAAAGUUGACCUAGAGAAUCGUGCUGUCACAAUGAAGAGAGCUCAAAAUUGGUGCACAUCUAAGAACAACAUUCCUUAUUUUGAAACAAGUGCUAAGGAAGCAAUUAAUGUGGAGCAAGCUUUCCAGACUAUCGCUAAAAAUGCCUUGGCAAGAGAAUCUGAUGUAUCUGUGUAUAACGAUUUUCCCGAUCCGAUUAAACUUAAUAACAGCGAAACUCCAAAGUCUGAUGGCUGUGGCUGCUAA